ACUUAGAACUUGGGAACAAAAUAUGUUAAACACUAUCUGUUAUACGCUAUCUUUAAUAUAUUACCACAGUUAGGUGAAUCAAGGAAAUCUAGACAUUCUCUGGGAAAAACAGUAUUCUAGUUGUGAAAAAAGAAAAACCAAAAUCAUCUUGCGUUUCAAUGUAAAAGUCGAUUUCCCGUGCUCAUGCUAACAUAAACAUGAUACGCUCACUCUACAACAUGGGAAAAUUCCCUUCUGCGUUAGAGUUUACAUAGUUUUCCGUUGUCGCCUGCCACUCCAAAUGUAAAACUAGCACUUACAUAUAUGUCAUAAUGCAAUAAUCAAACAACUACUUGGAUACAUGAUGUUAUCCAUUUUUCCAUAAAUGUCACAAUUUCCGCUGUCAGUUCCAUUGCAAACCACUACAGCGCUACAUGUGCUUGGAACUACUUACUCCCCACAUGAACCACGUGACCACCGGCGGCGAGAACAGAGUGCAAUGAGUUAAUAACCAAUCUAGUAUUACUGUCAUUUGACUACAUUUCCCGUGAUGCACCUCCUCUGAUGCACGUGUCAAUGCUGCCAGCAAACCGGACUAGACGUCACAUUCCUGCAUUCCCUUUCUCCCGUCCGGUGUUUAUACGUCGGCGUUUACUCCAUAGCUAACCUUCACUCCCUUUUUUUACAUUUCUAACUAUUCCCCUCUACCAAACACACUCAUGAAACGGAGAGUUUGAUACGAGAAGGGGGUGAACCCGGGUUCCAGAGACUCAUUCUCAAUUCGGGUCACUUUCCUGCUCACCACCUACCGCCACCUCAGUUGCCAUGGAGAGCUCAUCAGUGGCGUCGGCAUCUUCCGAGGCGGGCAGCACGCGCUCGCAGGAGAUUGAGGAGCUGGAGCGCUUCAUCGACAGCUACGUGCUGGAGUACCAAGUGCAAGGGCUGCUGGGAGAGAAGGUUGACGAGGACUUGGACCUGGAUGACGGUGGGAAAGUGCCACAGUGGACAGACGACUGCAACGACUACAAAGAAGGCAGCUGGACGUCAUCACAAGGAAGAAGUUCCUCUAAGCCAGAUGAGUGGGAGCAUAGCAGUAACGGAAGCUCAGGUUCCAGGCCUAGCUCUGGGUCCAGACCAGGUUCUGGUUCCCGAUCUGGCAGUAGAGGUCGAAACAACCAUUUUAAAAGCUCCAAUAAGAAUGGAAAUAGAGACGUCUCCUUGGACAUCCUAGGCACAGACAUAUGGGCUGCCAACACAAUGGACUCAUGCGGGGGGACAGGUUGGGACGUGCAGCCAGAGAAGUUAGACUUCAGCCACUUUCACAGGAAACACUCAAGAGCUGCGCCAAAGCACCUGCCGCACAUCGAUAGAGAGGGGAUGAGCAAAAACAAGUUUGAGGAAGAUGAUGGCAUAGACUUAAAUGACAUAGAGAGGUUUCUACCCCACCUGUGCACUGUCUUCCCACCCCUUCCUAAUGAGGCCGAGAUUGCACACACCAAAAAGCUCUUCCGACGCAGGAGGAACGACCGACGAGCACUAGAUCACUGUGACCGGUUAACCAUACUUCUGCCCACUGGUCCCGGGGAGACACGACACGUCUACGUCAGGAGACCGCAGCGGGCUCAGGGAGGAGGUAAGAACCAAUCUCCAUCACCGCAACACCAGUGGGAUCAGCAGUCACCCAGCCCGACAGAAGCAGGAGACAACAGAAACAACGGUCGGUCGACUCGCCAGCAACAAGGUGGACAUGGGCAACGUCAGGUUGGACCCCCGCAUGGAUACAGCCAGAAUCGACGCUGGCACCACAAUCAGAAGGGUCCAGGACAACAGAACCCUGCGGGUUCUGAACGAGGACUCGCUCUCAGAACAACCAAAGAGACAGAGAAUGUAAAAGUGACAAGUGAAAAGCACACUCGACAGAUGGAGGAGCCUCGGGACUCCAAAAGUCUCGCUGACUCGACAAAGUCUGAGUCAGCGCUAGACAGAAACUCCUCGUCAGACAUGACAGCCGGCAAAGAAAGCCCCAGCUCGUCAGUCCAGGGCACGUCCAGGGAGCCCCAAAUUAGCUUGCUGCAGUCGUCCAAAGAGAGGCUGCAGAGGAGACUAAAGGACAAGGAGGAGUCGCUAACAGAAGAGUCGGGCGCACCCAACAUGGACCACCUGGUGAGGCUGCUCAACAGCAUGAGGAGCAACAGCAGCGGCGUGGAAGAGCAACUGGCCUCCUUCAUGGAGGAGGCGCAGAACUCGGCGCGCUCCGAGGAAACCCUGACCCAGGUGGUGGGCACCAUUUACGACAAAGCCGUGUCUGACCGAAGCUUCGCCGCCACUGCCGCCAAGUUGUGCGACAAAAUGGCACUCUUCAUGGUGGACGGGACCAAGUUCAGAUCGCUGCUUCUUAAUUUAUUGCAGAAAGACUUCGCCCGCCGCGAGGAGCUGCAGCGGUCAGAUGUGGAGCUAUGGUUGGGCUUCAUCACCUUCCUGUGCGAGGUGUUUGGAACCAUGCGAAGCAGUUCUGGGGAGCCCUUUCGGGUCUUGGUGUGUCCAAUCUACACCUGCCUGCGAGAGCUGCUGCAGUCCAAGGACGUCAAGGAGGACGCCGUGCUGUGCUGCUCCAUGGAGCUGCAAAGCGCCGGGCGCCUCCUGGAGGAGCAGCUGCCGGAGAUGAUGACGGAGCUGCUCGCGGCCGUGCGCGACAAGAUGCUGAGCCCUGCCGAGUCUCCGUUGACCCGCUCGCUCCUCAUGGAGGUGGUCGAGCUGCACGCGCACCACUGGAGCCCUCUGGAAGCGAUCACCACGCAGUACUACGACCGCACUAUCCACAAACUCACCACUGCAUAAAAGCGCCAUUUGAUCCCAGACUCUCGGUACAGACUUUUGGUGUUUCCCACUAGGGGGAGUGUAGGACAGCAUCAGCUUGUCCGGGAAUACAGAGAUGUUAAAAGUAGGGAGGAGGGGGCUGUUCCUUUAUUGUCGUCCGCCCCCUCCUCCUAUUCCAUCCCCCAGCUCUCGUGGCUGAUAAAAGACAGAAAAUGGAGGCAGGGAGCAGACACGGUGCUGUCUGUCUGCACCGUCUGCCCUCUUCUCCGCAGGGACCCCCGGGUCAGGAGGUCUCGCCGCGGGACUCCAGUACGCCUACACCAACCCCCAUCACCUACUACCCCCUCCACCCUUUGUCUCCCUCCCUUAGCAGGAAGCCUUUUUUGUAGGGAUGAGACAGCAGGCCUGCUGGGCCAGGCUGGGCUCGGGAUAAGGAUCAGGCUGGCUAGAGUAGGGUGGCAGAUGGCGGCUUGAGCCCUUGUGAGACAUACACACACAGUCAGAACACACACAAUCAACGCGUGCACGCUCCCCAACAGAAAAAGAGGAAACAAGGGGGUCGUCAGAAUUAGAGGAGCAUUAUAAAAACGCUGUUAAAUCUUUUGUUUUUGUCUCCCGAGCCGUGCGCAUCCACAAUAUUAAUAAUUGUUUUUUUAUUGUAUGUAUUUAUUGCAAUCAUUUGAUUUUAUCGUCUGAGUCUUACCAUGGAGUGUUAGCGCCACGCUGAAAAGGAAAAGUCUAACUAUACGAUAAUACGGUGUAACAGGAGAAUAAUGCGAUAGUGGGAAAAUACAUUGAAGAAAAGUAGCGAUGUUACGCUAAUAAAGACUAAAAAAUGUAGUAGGACGAAGUUUUAAAGGACAAACAAAAUACUGAGACUGUUUGGAUUGAACGUUUAUCUUCGUCAAUGGCAGUCAAUGAGUUCAAUGCAAGUACUAUUUUAGCCAAUCAAAUGCGUGUAUUUCAAAUACCCGCCUAGCAUUGGCUACCCACAAUGCUAUGCGACGUCAAUUGUCUAUACACGCUUUAAUGAAGUGAGGCGAGCUUAGUCUGAGUCUCAGACGGAGGAAGACUGGGACAGAUUGCACAGGUACAGAAACUUUUAAAAGUGUGUGCCUGUUUUCUUAGCUACUAUUUCCCAGUUUCGAGCGUAUUAGCGCAUGGCGUGACUGAUUUCUCCAUUAUUAUAGUUUGAAGAAAUUUGUGAUUUGCAUGGUUACAUUCAACCAUCUUUCACUUGAAGGUCAUUUAUACACGCUUAAGAGAAACAGGUUGUAGACCUUUAAAAUGGAUGCAUAAUGUUUCGCGGGAAAAUUUUAAGACAGGUCUUAAUAAUCAUGAUUAAAGUUAUGAUUAUAUGAGAUUGUAUGAGUUUUAAAAUUCUGCAAAUACAUGAGAAGGAGUCGUAGUUAGGGUUGUUCCGAUCAUGUUUUUUUGCUCCCGAUCGUUUUAGAGUACGUUCCGAUCCCGAUAUUUCCCGAUCCGAUUACUUUUUUUUUGCCCCCGAUUCAAUUCCAAUCAUUCCCGAUAAUUUUUCCCAAUCAUAUACAUUUUGGCAAUGCAUUAAGAAAAAAAUGAAUAAAACUAAUAUAAAACGAAUAUAUACAUUCAACAUACAGUACAUAAGUACUGUAUUUGUUUAUUAUGACAAUAAAUCCUCAAGAUGGCAUUUACAUUAUUAACAUUCUUUCUGUGAGAGGGAUCCACGGAUAGAAAGACUUGUGACUUUGUAUAUUGUGACUAAAUAUUGCCAUCUUGUGUAUUUGUUGAGCUUUCAGUAAAUGAUACUGUAGCCAUGCCCAAAUGCAUGAUGGGAAGUGGAACCAUGACUGUGCGUAGUGCUACCAAUUGAUAUAUCUUCUCUGCGUUGGGAAAUAACAUAAAGUGUUAAGAAAAAGAUCAAUUGCUACCUUGCUUCCCCACAUUGUUUCCCAUGAUAUUUCUAAUUGUAGGGAGAGGGAUUGUAAGGCUUUAGCCAAUUAAAAAAAGGCUCCAAAGGCUGCCAAAAUUCACUCUACUCAUUUUACGCUGCCUUUUAUCUCUCUAUAUAGGUAAAACGGCGUCAUUACAGAUUGAACGCGACAAUGCGUGAGCGGGUCGUGCAGCGCAUGCAUUAAUUGCGUUAAAUAUUUUAACGUGAUACGUUUUUUUUUAAAUUAACUACCGCCGUUAUCGGGAUAAAUUUGAUAACCCUACCUUUAGCCUAAACUAAAGACUCUGGAUGAGUGUAACAUAUUAUGUCUGUAACGUUAAAUACAAUUAGAAAACGAUUUAAUUAAAAAAUAUAUAUAUAUUAAAAAAAGGCAUGGCCGAUAUUUUUUUGCCGAUUCCGAUACUUUGAAAAUGACGUGAUCGGACCCGAUCGAUCGGCAUCUCUAGUCGUAGUGUUUUGAGAAUGAAGGAUAAUGUUAUGUAAAAAGUCGCAAUGUUACGUGAAUGAAGCGAGUGAUAGGAGAAAACGACUUAUGCCGCAAAACCCAAAUUAUUCUGGGCAAAAAAAAGUCGUAAUUUUACAACAGUUUUCUUGAUGUUUGAAUAAUGUUGUAAUGACACGAGAAGUUCUAGAAAUAAAUGCUUUUAAUGAGAAAAAUGUUCUAACUUUCCAGAACGUUACAAUUUUAUGUGAAUAUAGACGUAAAAACUGUCACAAUAUUACAAAUCUAAGAUGUGAAAGUUGAACAUUUUUGCGAGAAAAUAAUCUUAACGGCAUGAGAAUAAAGGGGAAAAAUGUAUAGUAAAAUGGGUUAAGAAAAUGAGGUGCAAUGUAAUAUAAAAAAAAAAGACGAGUUGCUAACAGACGAAAUAGUUGAUUAAUGUUACGUUGUCUUAAGUUAAUAUUGCAAGAAAUAUGAAAAAGUAAUAUUGCAAGAUGUAACAUGGAGGAACAAAUGCUCUCAUUUGUAGGAAGUUGUAUUAUUGUGCAUGAAGUCAUCGGAAAAUAAUAUUGCAACAAAAAGCUCAGGUUAUGGUGACAACUAUUUAUAUUGCAGUAAUGCUGGAAAGUCGUAUUCUUGCUCGAAUAUCGUUGGGAUUUUACACCGAAAAGUUGCUUGUACUAAAUAAGUAAACAUUUUUCGGGAAAACUAUUGAUUAUUUAAGUAAUCAAUUAAUCUAUCAAGUACUUAGUUUGAAUAAUCAAUCUUAUUAGGAACAUUUAAUGCGUUGCAGAAUAAAUUUUAGGAGAUGUAAAAAUAAUCAAGUGUUUAGGCUCGCAUUAAAUGCAAAUACAAAAUAGAAUUGCUGAGCGUUUCUUCAAACUAAACAGAAUUGCAGUUUUAUUUCACAAGAGCAAUACAUGCAUUUGAAAUUAAAUUCAAAUACACAAACGGUAUAAAAAAUGGGCAUAAUAAUUAGGGUUGUUCCGAUCAUGUUUUUUUGCUCCCGAUCCGAUCCCGAUCGUUUUAGUUUGAGUAUCUGCCGAUCCCGAUAUUUCCCGAUCCGAUUGCUUUUUUUUGCUCCCGAUUCAAUUCCAAUCAUUCCCGAUAAUUUUUCCCGAUCAUAUACAUUUUGGCAAUGCAUUAAGAAAAAAAUGAAUACAACUUGGACGAAUAUAUACAUUCAACAUACAGUACAUAAGUACUGUAUUUGUUUAUUUUGACAAUAAAUCCUCAAGAUGGCAUUUACAUUAUUAACAUUCUUUCUGUGAGAGGGAUCCACGGAUAGAAAGACUUGUGACUUUGUAUAUUGUGACUAAAUAUUGCAAUCUAGUGUAUUUGUUGAGCUUUCAGUAAAUGAUACUGUAGUCAUGCCCAAAUGCAUGAUGGGAAGUGGCACCAUGACUGUGCAUAGUGCUACCAAUUGAUAUAUCUUCUCUGCGUUGGGAAAUAACAUAAGGUGUUAAGAAAAAGAUCAAUUGCUUCCCAUGAUAUUUCUAAUCGUAGGGAGAGGGAUUGUAAGGCUUUAGCCAAUUAAAAAAAGGCUCCAAAGGCUGCCAAAAUUCACUCUACUCAUUUUACGCUGCCUUUUAUCUCUCUUUAUAGGUAAAACGGCGUCAUUACAGAUUGAACGCGACAAUGCGUGAGCGGGUCGUGCAACGCAUGCAUUCAUUGCGUUAAAUAUUUUAACGUGAUACUUUUUUUUUUUUUAAAUUAACUACCGCCGUUAUCGGGAUAAAUUUGAUAACCCUACCUUUAGCCUAAUCUAAAGACUCUGGAUGAGUGUAACAUAUUAUCUCUGUAACGUUAAAUACAAUUAGAAAACGAUUUAAUUAAAAAAUAUAUAUAU